UGAAAGACCUGGGUUUCGUUGCUAUCCGGCUUACUGCAAAGUGUCAGUCGAUAAAGUUCGUCAAGCAAGCUUUUGUUCUGAAAUUUUGUGCCGUGGACUGCAUCCUCUGAGUUCAAACAUGUCAGUGCUGUAGUUUAGCCCUCUUCAAGCAUGUUCUCGGGCUCUCUUUACGCGUUAUUAGCGGGGUUUUUGAGUGCGGCUUCCUCUCUGUCUGCCAAGCUGUCCCUCGGUGCGGACUACCUGAGAGAGAUGUGUGAGUCGAGGCUGGGCGGCCGGACUGAGACGUCCGGUUGGACUACAGACUGUGACUGGCUCCACAUCCCCCUGCGGCUGCUAUUUGGAGGCCUGCUGUUCACCUGCAACGCUGUCAUGUGGACCCUUUUCUCCAAGGCUCUCCGACACUGCUCCUCUUCAGCCAGAGCCACAGUCACUACCACUGCAUCUAACUUCGUCUCCUCAGCCAUCCUGGGGAGGGUGAUUUUUGGAGAGAGCCAUGCAGCUCUAUGGUGGGUGGGCAUCUCUCUCACUCUGUGUGGACUGCUGGUGAUUCAUGGAUCCACACCUCAGGCUCUCCCGCAGGGGGAGGGCAAAAAGGACACGUAACAUGGAGUGGACUUGGGUGCCGAACAUCACAGAGGUGAAGAUGAGGAAGAGGAGACCCUCAAAGCACAGGAGUAUGAGGAGGAUGACUGUUGCUGGGGGAGAGAAGGAACUGCACUCUGGGGGAUGGUGGGACAUGGAGGAAGAAAAGUGAAAGGGCAAAGAAGAGGAUCAUAUGAGGAACUGCUACACUACAUUUAAAGAUACUACAGUACUCUACUGUUGAAUCGUCUGCAGCACUACAGUAAGGAUGCAAAGCUUUGAAGCAAUUCAGUCUAGGUUCACGUUGCUUCAGUAUAAGGGAAUGGGUAAGGAGUGUUUGGGAUAUGGAGAUCUAGGAUGGAUUUUUAAACAGGUAGGAAAACUUCUGACUAUAGUUUUAGCACAAGCACAAUACAAUAUUUCAUCAGCACUUUAUAUAAAACUUGGUCCAUUGUGUAGUUUUUGAAUGGACAACUACCACAUCCACACAAGCAUUUUCUGAACUGAUACAUUUUUUGUUAAGCAGUAGGUUAGUCAUCAAUUUGUUGAUUUUUCAUGAGUAGUCAACAAAAACCCAAUUUGAAAGUGAAAUAUUCUCUUUUAUUUCAAAUAAACUUGGGGAGAGUGUUCAUUUCCAAGAUACAUUCACUCAAAAUGGGAACUGCAUCUCAUGCUGCUCGACUGUGUAUAACAGAAACGUCUACCUGUCGGUGGACUUUUGCAGUAUUUUCACAUCUACUUGGAGGGGAUGUUGAUGAAGUUAUUGAUCCUGACUUUAAUUAUGUGUUUCACAGUCAUCUUGACAUUUUUAAAAAACAUCAAAGCAAAACAUUGUACAGCCAAGCAAGUUUCUCUGAUUAACACGCAACUUAGUUUCGUUGUAGUGUAAAUAACUGACAAAGUGGGGAGUUUAGUGUAAAACUAACUAGUUACAACGUAGCAGUUAGUGUUGACUUUCUCAAACUCAAUCGGCUGAUGCAACAGGCUGCUCCUUAUUUAGUACAGCUUAUUAACUACCUUGCCUGUGCUAUGCCAGUCUCUAUACUCACAGGGCCAGCAUUGCAUACAGGAUAUUUACAUCUGGGGACAACCAAAGCGGUUUUGGCUUAAUUGUGGGUGGGGAACCUGAAAUUGUAAAGCAAAUGUAAAAGGUAAAAUCCAUUUCCUUUUAUAUGUAGAGCUUGAAUUGAGGACAGUGAGUCAAACAGGAAAUUGCAAUGGAAAGAGAAUGAAAGCUUGGGUAUGCUGCUGUAUGAGUGGAGGACAUUGUUACCAUCUCCAACCACACUUUCAACUCAUUUUUUUAAACUACACACAAGUUAAGGUUACGAAUUGUCAACCUUCUUUCCCUGCAACCUGUCAUUUGAUGUUAGUUCAGAAGACUGCUCUGAUGCGCCUCCAAAUACACACAUGUAUCUCAGCUUUAACAGAGCAAAAUCUAAAUACAACUAAGAUGUUAAAAGAAGUCAAAGACCACAGUCUAUAACUGACCUGUAACAUAAAGUUUGGCACAACUGCUUUAGAGGUAUCACAUGCCAGUUAGUGCAACAUUACCACAAGACACAAUAAUGAGAAUGUAACUCGCUUACCAACCGAGUGCACACCUCAGUCUGCUGAUGGUGUAGGUUUUUAGUGUGCUAUGCAACCCAGUUGUUUCAAAGUACAGCAGGACAAGGAAGGCACACUACAGUCUAGCAGGAAUGUGAAUAUUUGUACAAAAUUUCAUUCAUACCUGUAAAUAUGGUA